ACAGGAAAGAUUUCUGACUAGGCAGCCACAUCUACACAGACCAGGCAGAGCUAAUGAGACAUAAUAAAAGUACGACUCUGUAAAGAUGAAGAGAUGAGAUGGAGGAAGACAACGAUGACAACACAGCAGCUGGAGGAGGAGGAGAGUCUGAAACCAAAUCUGUUCCAUCUGCAGCCAAUGAGAACGUGAUACCUAACACACUUGUGUUAAUUGGUGAUACAAAUUCCAUUGAGAUUGGAUCAAAAAACAUCUUACUUGACCAUGACGGACAAACUAACAUGGAACAGUUUUCAACCAAACUGUAUGAUUUGUGUGGUCGGCACAUCUCUGUCAUUAACAUGCUUGGUCUACAAAACAUUGAUAAAUGCCCAUUUAAUCAGGAAAUUCAUGCAUUUCUCUUACUGUUACCAAAUGGUCGGCAUACCAACCAUUACAGUUCAGGACUGCAGUGGUUAGAAAAAGCUUUUGGGAAAGGAUCACUUGAUUAUGUAAUGACAGUUGUGACUCAUAAGUCAGGUGAAAACUCUGAAAGUGCCCUGACAGACCUGAGAGCAAACAGCAGUUUUGUUGAAAAAAGAUUCCACACAUGUACAAGAAGUAUGAUGGAUGAAAUAGAGAUAAUAGCUCUGCUGGAAAAAAUAGACAUCAUGGUCUCUGAAAAUGAUCACCACUGCUACAGUGGAGUGACGUGUGAUGAAAAUAAAAGGCAGAAACUACACCUGCUGGACUACAAAUCCCACAAAGAAGAAAGAAUGGAUUUCUCAGUGUAUCAGCAAAAUCAAACAGGUACCUCAGAUAUAGAUACAAGUGGAAACAAGGAGAAGUCAGUGAAGAUGUCUGAAGAGAUCGACAGAAAGAAACAAUAUCAAACACUGCUUAGCAGACUUCACCUUCAAGACAAAUAUCAACAGAAGUUGACACCAGCAGAUUUUCUUAAAAUAGGUCCACCUGUAAAACAGGACCAUGACACAUCUGAGAAAGAUCUAGCUCAUACUUUUCUUCAGAGGUUGAUGAUGUUAGACUACAGAGCCAGAUAUAUUCCUGUAAGACAAGACAGUCCUGAGGUGAUCCAUUUAAAGCCUGAUCGAGAGUUUGAGACUGUUGAGACAGACGAUGAUGUCUUAGAUGCUCUCUAUAGCACAAAUGUAUACUCUAAUCAAUCAAAACAGACUCAUGUACAUCCAAUGGAUGUUCAAAUGGCAGUAUUUCACUGCUCAGACAGCUUUUUUAAGCAGAACAUGAUUACAAAGCUAUCACAAUGUCAGUAUGCCUUACCGUUGCUUGUUCCUGACCCAGUCACAAUGGAUAUUGACUGUCCUCUGUGGACAUUCAGACAAAUAAGAAAAAGCUGGAAGAUAACUGAAUUCAAAGAUAAUUCAAACAUUGUCACCAUGAAGAGUUUGCCCAUCUGCAAAGCUGAGACAGCCAUGGUGUCAUUUCUCCGCCUGGGUUCACUAUCUCUGUCUAAAUCUCAGCUGAUGAACACUUUGAUCAACGACCGUCACAACACCUUCUUCAACAGAAACUGUCCAGGUAGCACCAAGUCUCGUCAUCUGAUGGAUGGUGUGGCAGAGAUUGCCUGGUACUGCCCUGCUGGAAAACCCAAUGAUACCUUCACUGACUGCAUUGCCUUCUGUAAUCUUCAUGGUGAUGCUCUGUCAUUUGAAAAACAGCGUGACAUACUGACGGAAAAAUCUUCAGUCAAUGUCGUUCUUGUACCAACUCUGGAAAAAGGUGACACAAGUUCUGCAGUUAUCUCAGACCUUUACAGGUCUCCGAAGCCUCUCAUUAUUCUUAUUGCUGAUAAUAAUUGUGGUGCAGUUCAGAUGAAAGGUGGAAACUACAAAAUUGGACUAAAGGACAGAAGCCAGUCAGAUGUUUCUGAAGAGCUGAAACAAGUCAUUGGAAGAAUCUUGUCUGGACCACAUUCAUCCUUCCAGCUUGAAACCAUGACUGAGGUCUCUGGAAUCAGAGUGGAUGAAGAUGACAAAGUCUGCCAAAAAGGGAAAUCUGAUGCAAUGAAAAUUGUGAAGUUGCUUCAGGUGAUGGAAUUUUCAAAGAUCAAAGAUGCAUUUCUCCCUUGUCAAGGCCAACUGUGGCAUAAGUGGAGCAGAACAAACAAAGAACUGUAUCACCUCAAAGGACACAUUGAGAAGGAGAAAUGUCAAAAGCAACAGGAAAUGAUGCAAAUACGACAGGAUCAAUGCACUGCUUCCUGUAAUGAACUGAUGAAGUUGUUCAUUGAAAGCCUCUCAUCUUUGCCAUCAACAGACAAGAAGUAUUUUCUGAAGUGGACUCAGAUCUUAAUAGAUGCCCUCCCCACAAAUGAUCUCACUUCAAUUCUCCAAAGCUAUGAUGAAAAGUGGUCUGAGGUCUUGGCUUUGAAGAAGAAGCAUGACAAAUCUGAUCUGUUAAGAAGAAAGCAAACUGAGCUUGAUCAAAUAUCAACAAAACUACAGUCAGCAACUUUUGGCUUGGAGCACAUCUUUAGAGAAAUGGGACAGAUCUAUGAAGCACAUGCAUCUCUGCAGAAACAAACAAAGAGGGGACAGCCUGACUGGUCUAAAUACCCUGAGCUGGCUGCAGAGCUGAUGAUAUCAGGACACCCAAUGGAGCUGAUGGAUGGUGAUGCAGGUCAUGUGCCUUUGACUUGGAUCUCUAGUCUUUUAGAUGAAGUCAUCAAGAAACUGGGCGACAAGAGAGUUUUUGUUUUGUCUGUUCUAGGCGUACAAAGCAGUGGAAAAUCAACAAUGAUGAAUGCCAUGUUUGGGUUACAGUUUGCAGUGAGUGCUGGCAGGUGCACCAAGGGUGCCUUCAUGCAGCUGGUCAAAGUGUCAGAGGAGAUGAAGAAAGACUUUCAGUUUGACUAUGUUCUAGUGGUGGACACUGAAGGACUGCGUGCUCUUGAGUUGGAAGGUAACGCCACUCUUCACCACGACAAUGAACUGGCAACAUUUGUUGUUGGUCUGGGAAACAUGACACUGAUCAACAUCUUUGGAGAGAAUCCAGCUGAGAUGCAAGAUGUUCUGCAGAUUGUUGUUCAGGCGUUCAUGAGGAUGAAGAAAGUUAAACUUUCUCCAAGUUGUGUGUUUGUUCACCAGAAUGUUACAGAUAUUGCAGCUGCAGAGAAAAACAUGGAUGGAAAGAGACGGCUGCAAGAAAAACUGGACCAGAUGGCCAAACUAGCAGCCAAAGAAGAGGUCUGUGAUGCUGAGUGCUUCAGUGACGUCAUUGCUUUUGAUGUGCAGAAAGAUGUGAAAUACUUUGCCCAACUAUGGGAGGGAAGUCCACCUAUGGCUCCUCCAAAUCCAGGUUACAGUGAGAGCAUCCAAGAGCUGAAGACCUUCAUCCUCUCUAAAGCUUCACAGUCUGAUGGGAUUACUCUUUCACAAUUCAAAAGCAAAAUUCAUGACCUGUGGAACGCCCUGAUGAACGAAAACUUUGUUUUCAGUUUCAAAAACACACUUGAAAUUGCAGUGUACAGAAAACUUGAGGUCAAGUAUGGGAACUGGACCUGGGCCCUGAGGAGCAACAUGUUGACUAUUGAGAACGGGCUUUAUACUACAAUUGAAAACGGAAAACUUGACAAGGUCGAGCUCAAUUUUCUUCAUAAAGAAAUGAGCAAAGCCUAUGGAGAAAUUAAAAAAGCAAUGACAACAUACUUUGAUGAUGACAGAGACAAAGAAAUGUUGGUUCAGUGGCGAGGACAAUUUGAAAACAAAAUCAAGGAGUUUCAUGAUGAACAAGUGAGAGGAGUUAAAAGAAAACUGGAUGAAGUCAUCCAGCAGAAGAAUGCUCGUAAAAAGCUGGAUGAUAAGAAGACAGAGUUUGAGAACAAGCUGCUACAAAAGAGCAAAGAGCUCGCUCAUCAGUUAAAGGACAAGGCAAAAGAUGAAGAGGAACUCAAGAAGCACUUCACCUCUGUCUGGAGUGGCUGGGUUAGGGAACUAACUGCAGAUAUAAAACCUAUUGAGGACAUCAACUAUGCGGAAGAUCAGUCAAAGAUCAUUCAGGAGCUUGGUUUUGAAUGGUCUCUUAUAGAGGAAUCCAAAAGCAGUGGCAGAUACACAAAAAUAUCAGAGGUUGGUGAUUAUGAGCAUUAUGUAACCAUCACAAAGCACAGAGAGCUCUGUGAUACAAGCCACCAAUCACAAGGAGAUGACAGGAAAAAAAAGAACAAAAAAGGGCAAGGAAGUUAUUCAUUGUCAACUGCCUGGCUGUCUCUUAAAAAAAUAUUUGGAACUGUGUCAACACCACAAGUUGAAAAACAUACAUCAGGGAGAUUUCUCUCAUAUGAAGAACAGCAACUGAUCAGAUCCCUCAUUGAUGAUGUUGAACAACAGACCAUAGACAUAAUUAAGAAGAAGCCUGUAGCUGCAAGAGGCUACAGUCCAACUUACUUGCAAGAAGUGGCCAACAAUGUAAAAGAAAAAGUGACAGAAUUUGAAUCAAAGAGGAACUAUGCUCUAAAGAAAGAGUUUACAGUUGAUCUCAUAUUGUAUGUGUUUCACAGAGCAGAGAGUUGGCUUUCAGAGUCCCACAAGAAAUUUAAAGGAAACAAUGAUGCACUCAGUUACGUAGAAAGCAAGAAAAUACAAUAUUACAACAUUUUCAGAAGCUUCUGCAAAGGAAACUCAUCUGCUGUUGUACUUGGAGAACUGAUGUGUGAAAAACUGAAGGUUUCCACUGUUGAGGCUGUCUGUAACAAGACUGCCAUUGAUCUUGCUGGAGAGAUGAAGUGCACUUUCCCAGCAUUCAGUGGGAACAGGCUGAACUUGGAGAAACAUUUGUUGAAGUCACUGGCUGAGAAAGAAGACUUUGAUGGUUUUAUCACCUACAUCAGACACCCAAGGAACCAAGCAGAGGCCUUUAUAAAAGAUGAAGUAAAGAAAUACAUCUUCAAAGACAAUAAAGUUAAAGCACGGAAUAUACUCAAGAAAAAUGUUGAAGACAUCAAAAACCUUCUGAGUCGAGCUUUAUUUACUGCUACAGAGAAAGUCAAAAAACAAAGAGGAGACCCAGACAUGUGGGUGAAGGAAUUUUCCAGUUCUUUAAAAGAUCAGCUAACAUUCAACACCUUCUGUUGUCAAAACUUCAGUGACAUAAACAAUUUUGACUUUCUUAAAGAAGAGACAGAGAAAGGCCUUGUAUCUGUCAUAGAGGAAGUGAGCAGCCUCUCACUGGAUAAGAUGGAGGAAUUCAGGAUGAAGCCUGAUCAAAUCCUCAUUGAUCAGCUGUGUAACUGUUGCUGGGUAACGUGUCCAUUCUGUGCAGCUGUUUGUACCAACACAUUGAAAGAUCACAGUCCUGAUGACCACAGCGUGCCCUUUCAUCGAUCUGCUGCAGUCAAUGGUUUUCACUUCAGAAACACAGAGAUACUGAGUGUUGAUUUCUGCACAACAGAUGUUGCGUGUGAUGGAAGUUUUUACCCUGAUGGAGAUUCAGAAGAGCUCAUUCCCUUUAAACAGUACCGAACUGCUGGCCCACGGUAUGCUAACUGGAGAAUCACCCCGGAUGAGUCUAAGCUAAAAUAUUGGACAUGGUUUGUGUGCCGAUUUCAGAAGAAACUGGAAGAUCACUAUGGAUUAAAAUUCCAGGACCAAGGUGAAAUUCCCAGUGAGUGGAAAACACACUCUAAGAAAGAAGCUAUUAAAAGUCUGGAUAAAAUGUUCAAUCUGUGAGUGAGCCAACACAACAACUCUGCCAAAAUUCAUAAUGAUACUUGUUUUCCAACACAUCCUCAUACCUAAACGACAUUUCUGCACAACAAAUGUUGCAAGUGAUGGAAGUUUUUACCCUGAUCGACAUUCAAAUCGGAGUAUUCCUU